AUGCCACUGGGCAAGGAUUUAUCCAUUGUGGCAGAUUCCACCGUCUCCUCAUCUCCCCUACGCGACUCUGCAAAGAGCGAGAUCAAACGGCCCACUCGAACGUAUGGCAGAAAAAAAUCCCCUCCAGCUGAAGAUAUUGAGGCAUCAACCUCAUCUUCUUUACUGGCUGCGCCGUCGCGCGCCAGUGUCCACCAAACUGGGCCGCCCGGACUUGACGAAGAGGUUCCUCCGAGCUCACAAACCUCAGAUGAUGAAGGAACAGUAGAAACACAUGGAGGAUUGGAAAAAUUCUAUCGAGCUUCUUCGGGAUUUCAGUUUGAAUGGCGGGCGCAAUUGAAAGCGAUGGAUGAUGAAAUUGACUUCCCCGAUAGUCAAGAUGCGUCAAAAAUCGACCAAUCGUUGUCCAGUCAGCCCUCAUCUAAAGACGCUCCUCUGGAUGAUUCCUUUGCAGGUCCUCUUUCUACCAUUACUGCGACUUCACCAAGAUCUGUAGAUCAUUUGGCACCUCCCUCAUCUCCCCUCAUCAGUGAGCGGCGCCGACGUACAAAAAAACCAACCACGCUGCUAGACUCAGACUCAGAUGGUGAGCUGGGAAACGGCACACAUUCCAGCAACUCAUCACCAUCCGCUCUACAUCGCAUUAACACCCCCGAACCCGGAUUCUUAUCUACACUUUCUGCCUCAGACGGUGGCGUGACUGUGGCCCCAAUGAUGAGUGUGGGGGAGGGUCGUAACAUGAAAGUCGACCAUGUUGAACAGACAAUCCCACACAAUAAGUCCAGGAAGCCGAAAGUCAAGGCGCCAACGAAAAAAGACUUCACCGAAACAGCAAAAGCGCGUGCUCGGAUCGCGACGGAAAAAGAAUGCCUCAUCCCUCGUCCUCAACGCGAUAAGCACACCCUGCAACGCUUGUUUUCCGUCGUCAAAAAUACUCAAAGCAGCAUGCAAGUGCCUUCUGAUCCACCUUCUUCUCCCCGUAGCUCUGCCGUCAAUAUAUUUCGCCCUAUCUCACCAUCUUCUGUCCAUCCUUUUCAAGGGGAACAAUGUCCUCCCAUAAUACCGCCAACUAUUCCAGCCGCCGAGUCUGACGACGAGUUUCCUGAACCUGAGCUCCUUUAUGAAGAGCGGAUAGCAACGAAGAAACGGGAAGACAUUCAGGCACUCAAACAGCGCGCUCUGGUCGAAAAGCAGAAUGCACCGUUGGUCAGUGAAGAUGAAGACGACGACCUUGUCGUUCUGCCUUCUCCGGAGAAGGGCACUACCAGACUUGACGAGGAACACCACAGAUCUACUAGCAAGGGGAGACCGUCUGAAGGCAGAAAGGUCCAACUCAAUUUUGCAGGCAUGAACUUGUCAAUGCAGAAGUCUGGCGCUGCACCCAAAUUGGGUCCCCUCAACAAUGUCGGUUCGUCAACCAGUCGGCGUAAAUCAGGUAUCACACGUGACGAGUUGAAUACGAGUCUCUGGAGUAAAGUCAAGGGAGAUAUUCGCGAAACCAUUCACAAGAAGGAGGCAGAUUACAUGAAGGCUGGAGGCAGAAUCCUCAUUUCUGAAGGCCCAGCAGAAGUUUCAGAAAAAUCUUUGAACGUGCUUGUGGAGAAGGGACUAAAAGCCGCUGAGGCGCGGAUGGCUGGUGCGAUCGAAAAUGAUAGCGAUAAUGAAGACGAGGAAGACGAGGACGAUGAUGAUUGGAUGCCAGAGGGCAGGGGCUCUGCCAGUCCCGAACCCGAGCCCGACGAAGGUCAGGGUGCAGCCGAAGUUAUGGCGGACGAUGUUGGAGGGGAUGUUUUGAUAGAUGACCUCAACGAUCAGGAGAAUAUAAACACCCGAUCAUCUCACCGGCGACGGACAGUAUUCUAUUCAGACGACGAGGACGAUGAGCCCAAGCCCAGAGUUCAGCAUCCUUCACACAACAAUGUCCUGCCUGAUAAACCACCCACAAUGAUAUUGGAAUCCGAGGAUUACAUGUCAGCUUCAGCGGAUGAGCGGGUGGAGAACGAAACAGACAAGGAAAAUGACACUGGUCUCAUGUUUGAUUAUAGCGAAGAUAAGGAGAACAAAGCUGUUGUUCGACAUGCAGAGCUGGGCCCCUUAGGAAGGUCCCUGUCUUUGCGAGGCGAAACACAACGAAGUUCGGCAAUGUCGUCGCCUGACUUGGGAGAAGGCUUAGAUUCUCGGAGACCAUUUCAGGAGUUGGUUGGUGGUGACAGUUCGCAGGAUAUGCAACUUGCCCCCACCAAUCUUACCCAAACCUUUGCUUCACAGCUAAGAACAGCAUCUUCACAUCUAUCCACUAAUUCGUCUACUUUUAUUCCUGCUGCUUGUAUUGGUAACAGCGACCUGGAUGAGUUCCAGAAAUUUUCGGGCAAAACGUCGAGCAGUAAUGCUGCUGCAUCCAUCGUCUUACAGCCCAGCUUUUCGGAUUUGUUCGAAUCGGCCACGGAAAAACAGGGAGACGCACGGCCCCUUGCUUCAUUCAAGGAUAAAGAAAAGGCUGUUUCCAUUUCCCUCAACCAAAUUCGUCGAUCGGAUACCCUUGAUCUGACUCAAGAUAUGACCCUGCUGCCUGCAUUCCAAGCUGGAGACAACGUCUUACGCAAAGCUGACAUUAUAUUUGAGAAAGAGCAAGAUUAUUUGUUGGAAAACGCUGGUCGGAAAAACCAACAGAGUGCUGAGCUGUAUGUCAAUGAUGAUGGGUAUGUGGAUCACGACAUCAUAGAAGUUCUCUUCCGCAGCUACUAUGAAACAGAUUCCUCACUCAAACGAGACCGGAUGUUCACA